AUGUGUGCAUCGCUGGGCCAUCCUUUGGCCUGCCGGGCAGGACCCUUUGCGGCGCGGCGCAAAUUUCAGCAUCGGCAGCGUUCGCCUCGAUGCGCAGCCAGCGGCGAUGGGGGCGGCCGAGGGGGCGGUAGCAGCGGCGGCGGCAGCGGCGGCGGGGAUGGCAGCGGAGGCGGCCGCCGCCGCACCUUCCCGCUGCCGCUGCUGUACGCAGCUGUCUGGGCCGUCGGAACAGAGGCGCUGGCUGCCCUCCAGUACCAGGAGGCGGUGGGCAGGGAUGCCGAGCGCCGCGCAGAGCUGUUUGGCGGCGGCAGGGCUGGCCGCGCCCGGCACCAGCAGCGGCAGCGGGCCAAGCUGGAUCCAGAGGCGCCCGCCGUCAGCAUCAUUGUGCCGACCCUGAACGAGGAGGCGGGGCUGGCACGCACGCUGCGCUGCCUGCAGCACGGGCUGCAGCCUGCGGCAGCAGAGGUCAUUGUGGUGGACGGCGGCAGCAGCGACCGCACGGUACAGGUGGCGCGGCGGUGUGGCGCCCGUGUGGUGCAGGCGGGCCGCGGCCGCGCGCGGCAGAUGAACGCGGGGGCAGCCGCCGCCUCAGGCGACAUCUUCGUGUUUGCUCACGCCGACACCACGCCGCCGCGGACCCUGGUGGAGGUGGUGCGCCGCACGCUGGCCCGGCCGGCCAUCGUGCUGGGCGCGUUCAGGCCGGUGAUAGAGUACGAGGGGCAGCCGCUGCGCUUCUUCUCAGCCAACAACACCAUGAAGACGUACUACGGCCCCCUCCUCCUGCGCCCGCUCAGCUUCCUCAGGGGCCUGCGCUGCUUGUUCGGAGACCAGACGCUGUUCUGCCGGGCCGACGACUUUCGGCGGGUGGGCGGCUACGACAGCCGGCUGCCCAUCAUGGAGGAUGCAGACCUAUGCAUGCGUAUGCACAUGGCGGGCCCCGCGGACCGCCCAGGGCGCCGCGGCCAGGUGCUGCAAGUCAAUUCGGUGCCCAACCGAACCAGCGGCCGGCGGCUGGCCAGCUGGGGCAGCCUGCACGCCACAGUGGUACAUGUGGCCAUCGGGAUGAGCUGGUACUGCGGCGCCACCCCCGAGCAGCUGCGCGGCAUCUACAACCGCAUGUACACCGAUGCCUUCCGCUGA